UUGUUGGAAUAUGGGAGACAUUUAAUACAACAUGUGUUUCUCUACAGAGUACCUAUUAUAUUAGUGGGGAAUAAGAAUGACCUGCACAUGGAACGGGUGAUCAGCUGUGAGGAAGGGAAGGCACUAGCAGACUCCUGGAACGCUGCCUUCAUGGAAUCCUCAGCUAAAGAGAACCAGACGGCAGUGGAGGUGUUCAAGAGGAUGAUCCUCGAGGCGGAGAAGCUGGAAGGCGGCGUCCAACCAGGGAAGACUUCCUGCUCUGUCAUGUAGAGCUGCCAACCAAUCAAAACACAGAAUAGGACUGCACUGGGAUAUCCUGUUACUUGAAGGCUUCCUGCCAGUUCCAACGACUACUUCUCAACUGUCAUCAGUUGUCUUCAACUGUCUUCAACUGUCAACUCACCAAAUAUGAAAACCACAUGUUUGACUCUGUUCCAUUAAUUCCAUUCCAGCCUUUACAAUGAGCCCGUCCUCCUAUAGCUCCUCCCACUGGUACCAACAGCCAUUGUCAGCCAAUCCAGUAGGGGUUGGAAGCUAUGACUGAUGUUUUGGUGUUGGAGGUGAAACCGCGUGAAGAGCUGUCAAAUUCACAAGCGUCUUAUUAGCGUUAUAACUAGCAGUACGUUUGAACCAGGACGCCUCACCACGCUAGCUUCAUCCUCGUGUGGAUGCUAGCAAGCUAGAUAGUGCUCGGUAUCAACAGCCAAUCCAGCAGGGUCUGGAAAGCUAUAGUGAGCUUUGAUUGGUCGAGCGUCCAUCGACGUCGCAGAGUAUUAGCAUAAAGUUCAGCUUUCACCCAACUUUGGUCCCGUCCCCCCCGUUCAUGUCCCUCGUCACUUCUCUUCCAUUGGAAAUUACAUUUGUACAUUUUAGUCAUUUAGCAGACGCUCUUAUCCAGAGCGACUUACAGUUAGUGAGUGCAUCCAUU